CACACACACAUACAUACAAGCAUCAUACAACAGCAUCCACGGCCCUCAUCCAAAGGUAACCCUUCGAAGGAAGCAUUCUCUCAUCAAUCUGGGAAAUCAUUAUUCAGAGGAGACCAUUUAUGGCAGUGUGCAAUACAACAAUGAGUUAUUAUAGGGGUAUGAUAAACUCUGCCCUGUUUUUCUAGUGCGAGAUGCUUUCAUCUUCAGAGAUCUAUUAAAUCAAUGAAACCAUGAUGUUGCUGCUGUAUAUAAUUUCCAAAUGGAGAAGGGUUUAUUGGUUCCUUGGAUCGGUUUAAAGAAAAUAUAAGGUGAAGGUGUUAUUACCUGUGGUGUUUGUUUAUUACUAUUAUUUAAAAAAAAAAAUACUAUCAUGGAGAAGUUUGACGGAGGAGAGGAAAAAAUGUGGGACUCAUUGGACUUAUUGAGCUGCUCCUCAGGCUGAUAAGGGGAUGUAUUACAGAAGUGGAUGCAGCGUACACAAGGAAACCUUUGAUCAUGUAGACCAGAAGUGUCAGCCUAGGUUGUAAUGUCACUAUGAACAAUGGCUCAACUGUAUUACAAAAAGGUGAAUUACUCACCCUACAGAGAUCGGAUACCAUUGCAGAUUGUGCGGGCAGAGGCAGAGUUGUCACUGGAAGAAAAGGCCUACCUCAUUGCAGUGGAAAAGGGAGACUAUGCCAGUGUCAAACAUGCCCUGGAGGAAGCAGAAAUCUACUACAAUAUCAACAUCAACUGCAUUGAUCCACUUGGCCGCAGUGCUCUACUCAUAGCCAUAGAGAACGAGAACCUAGAGAUCAUGGAGCUGUUGCUCAGCCACAGUGUGUAUGUAGGAGAUGCUCUUUUGUAUGCAAUAAGGAAGGAAGUGGUGGGAGCUGUGGAGCUACUCCUGAGUUACAGAAGGCCAAGUGGCGAAAAGCAGGUACCAACAUUAAUGAUGGACACGCAGUUUUCUGAAUUCACACCAGAUAUUACACCAAUUAUGUUGGCAGCUCACACUAAUAACUAUGAAAUUAUAAAACUUUUAGUCCAAAGAAGGGUGACUAUACCUCGCCCGCACCAGAUACGUUGCAACUGUGUGGAAUGUGUCUCCAGCUCAGAAGUUGAUAGCCUCAGACACUCUAGGUCGAGACUCAACAUCUACAAGGCUCUGGCCAGCCCCUCUUUGAUUGCCUUAUCCAGUGAGGACCCCAUUCUGACAGCUUUCCGCCUUGGGUGGGAGCUGAAAGAACUCAGCAAAGUGGAGAAUGAGUUCAAGGCAGAAUAUGAAGAACUGUCUCAGCAAUGCAAGAGAUUUGCCAAGGACUUGCUCGACCAAGCGCGGAGCUCUCGAGAACUGGAAAUUAUACUAAACCACAGGGAUGACCAGAGUGAAGAGCUGGAUCCUCAGAAGUGUCAUGACCUUGCAAAGCUGAAGGUAGCAAUAAAGUAUCAUCAGAAAGAGUUUGUGGCUCAGCCGAACUGUCAGCAGUUACUGGCUACACUGUGGUAUGAUGGAUUCCCAGGUUGGCGCCGGAAGCACUGGGCAGUGAAGCUGUUGACAUGCAUCACCAUUGGACUGCUUUUUCCUGUGCUUUCUGUGGCAUAUCUGAUAGCACCUAAGAGCAGGCUGGGACUGUUCAUUAAAAAGCCAUUCAUCAAGUUUAUCUGCCACACAGCCUCUUAUCUGACUUUCCUCUUCUUUCUCCUUCUGGCAUCUCAGCAAAUAGUUAGGACUGACUUGCAUAUGCAAGGACCUCCCCCCACUGUGGUUGAAUGGAUGAUACUACCAUGGGUUCUAGGUUUUAUUUGGGGUGAAAUAAAAGAGAUGUGGGAUGGGGGCUUCAAUGAAUAUGUACAUGACUGGUGGAACCUCAUGGAUUUUGCUAUGAACUCCCUUUACCUUGCAACCAUCUCCCUUAAAAUAGUUGCUUAUGUGAAGUACAACGGCUCUCGGCCAAGAGAGGAAUGGGAUAUGUGGCAUCCCACGCUAAUUGCUGAAGCACUUUUUGCAAUAUCCAAUAUCCUGAGCUCCCUGCGUCUCAUCUCACUGUUCACAGCAAACUCCCAUCUUGGACCUCUACAGAUUUCACUGGGGCGGAUGCUGCUGGACAUUCUCAAAUUCCUCUUCAUCUACUGCCUGGUGCUUCUGGCUUUUGCCAAUGGACUAAACCAACUUUACUUUUAUUAUGAGACUAGUGCCUCUGAGGAACCUAACAACUGCAAAGGAAUCCGCUGUGAGAGACAGAACAACGCCUUCUCCACCCUUUUUGAGACCCUGCAAUCCUUGUUCUGGUCAGUAUUUGGUCUCCUGAACUUGUAUGUCACCAAUGUGAAAGCACGCCACGAGUUCACGGAAUUUGUUGGAGCCACUAUGUUUGGAACGUACAAUGUGAUCUCCUUGGUUGUAUUACUUAACAUGCUGAUAGCCAUGAUGAACAACUCCUACCAGCUGAUUGCUGAUCACGCUGACAUUGAAUGGAAGUUUGCAAGGACUAAACUGUGGAUGAGUUAUUUUGAUGAGGGUGGCACUCUGCCGCCUCCUUUUAACAUCAUUGCAAGCCCAAAGUCUAUCUGGUAUCUCUGCAAAUGGAUCCACUACCAGCUGUGCCCAGGAAAACGUGAAGAAGACCCCCAGAAACAGCAUGAAAACCUAAAAACCUUCACUGAACGGCACGCUGACAACCUGAUUCAAAAUCAGCAUUACCAGGAAGUUAUUAGAAAUCUGGUGAAGCGAUAUGUUGCAGCAAUGAUCAGAAAUUCAAAAACCAAUGAAGGGUUAACUGAAGAGAACUUUAAGGAGUUAAAACAAGAUAUCUCAAGCUUUCGUUAUGAAGUGCUGGAUCUUCUGGGAAACAGGAAACCUCCAAGAAGAAGCUAUUCCACCAGCAGCACAGAGGUAUCACAAAAAGAUGAAGGGACAGAAGAACGGGCAAAGGCAAAAAGUGUUUCAUUCAGCAUAUCAAACAAGAAAAAGGAUUUCAAUGUGUCAGCCCUCAUCAAGACAAUGUCUGGGACUGAAAUAAUGGAUGAAGCCCCCAAAAGUAAUGGCAUUAACAAGCGUUCUUUCAUUAGGAAUGGCAACAAGCUUCAGAGGCUUUCAAGUUCCAAAAAGGAAUCUUUUAAAAGACUGGGCCUACUUUUCUCCAAGAUGAAUGGACAUAUGCCAGAGCCAGUUAAUGAACCGGUAUACACCAUCUCUGAUGGACUCAUCCAGCCUCACUGCAUGUGGCAGGACUUGAAAAACACCGACCAAGAGCCAGAAAGCUCUACAAGUGAAAUUAACCUCAAUGAGGUGAGUCAAGGGAGCAUUGGCGGACAAAAUCUUGAUCUUUCUCCUAUCUGUACCAACUCCCUACAUUGUGCUUCCGACCUCUGCUCUUCUAAUACCAAGCUGAUAGACUCAACAGAGGAUGUGUUUGACCCAUGGGGAGAAGCAUGUGAUCUGCUCAUGAACAAGUGGAAAGAUGGACAGGAAGAGCAGGUCACAACAAGACUAUAAGACAACUAUUUAGAACUGCUGUAUACUUAAGCAAGUCUAGAUUUGUAUCAAAUUCCUUUUACAGAGCAUUAAUUAAGGUAGGAAUCCCUUCCCAUUCAUAUGGAUGAGUGCGGAAGUCCAUUAACAGCGAUCUAUUUUGCAAUAUUUUUUUAUAGUUUUUGUUUGCUUUUUUUAUCAAAGCUUACUAAACUGUCUCUAAGCUUUCAUGAUAGUCCUUUCAGCAUCAGCAGGGCUUUCAGACUAUUGAAGAACACUAAUGGGGGAAUGCAGAACAUGUGUAGCAAAUAGUCGCUGCACUAUAAGAAAUAACCGCUUGUCCACGGAUAUUCUUCCCCUGAUGUUAAUCCAAUUUUUUUUUUCUGAUGUAUCAUUUAAAAUUUUGUAUUGCGAUUUCCACCAGCAGCAUGUGGGUUUUUUGACAUCUUUGCACAAAAUUGUAUGUCAAGGUGGUUACAAGUAAUGUUAGUUUAUCCUCCAAGGCAGGUUAUCUUUGUACCUCUCCCAGCACCUUAGGACUAAAUUAGAUCACCACUAUAAACUGACAACUGUACAACAAAUACUGUAUAUUGUUUUAUUAAGAGUUAUCCCUCUGCAGUAGAUUUUAGCAUCAAGUGAUAAUACAGCUGUAGCUUCAUGCCCUAUCCGUAAAUAAGCCACAGGCUUGCUGUCUGUGCUUUACAAUGUAGCUGCUUACGAAUGAGAACAUUACAUAAUCCAAUUCUGCUUGGAUCAGCUUGAGAAAAGUAUUGUUGAUUCACAAGCCAUGAAGAUCCAUAUUGAUUGACACUGUUUAACUUUAACAUUUUAUAAGUCCAAGGAUUUGGUCUUGAUAACAAAAGAAAAACAAACAUUUUGAAAGGAAUGGCAUUUAUCUUCACCUGAUGCAGGCCAUACAUUAACUGGGCAUUUCCCCGUUGCUUAUCUGAUUGGUAAUCGGUGAUCCAUCAGGAAAAUGUCAAAAUCUGGCAUUUUAAAAAUCCCUAACUUGCCAAUCCCGAUCAUUUUUGGGUCAGAAUCAAUGAAUUGAAGAUUUCCAACUUAUUGGAUUUCCCCAAUCUCCAACCCAGGCAUCGGGAGAAUGGGAAAUUGCUCUUAUACCCCGUUGAUGUAUGGGCCCCAUAACUCAUGAACUCAGGAAAAGAGUUUCUGAAGAUAGAAUAAGCACUAAUUCAACAUACAAUUACCUGUAAGAAAGGAUGUUCAAAAUGUUGAUCUAGACCAUGCAUGUCCAAACUGCGGCCCUCCAGCUGUUGUGAAGCUACAUAUCCCAGGAUGCC